GUCCCCGCAGCACUGAUGGGGGCCACGACGCCCUCCCGCCCCGCCGCCCGCAGGCCCCGCGGCCCGAGGGAGGACGGCGGCCCCUCAGGCGCGCCCGCCCCGAGGCGCGGCCGGGGGCGCUCGGGCGCCGCCAUGCGAGGGCAGCAGCGGCGCGCUGCUCCGGCCGGCGCGAAGGGCGGACAAGAUGGCGGCUCCCAUGGAGCUGAGCUGCUGGGGAGGCGAUUGGGGACUGCCGUCCCUGCACCCGGAGUCUCUCACCGUCAUGGAGAUGUACCAGUCCUGAUAUCAGAAGACAUUGUUAUUUCGCAGCCAGCAAAAAUACUAAACUUUUUAAGAAAGCAGAAGUAUAAUGCUGAUUAUGAAUUGUCUGCAAAACAAGGAGCUGAUACACUGGCAUAUAUUGCACUACUUGAAGAGAAACUGCUUCCUGCUCUGCUGCACACUUUCUGGGUUGAGGCUGAAAAUUACUCCAGUGUGACAAAGCCAUGGUUUGCCUCAAGGAUUGCCUUCCCACAGAGUUUGUAUCUGCCUGGAAAGAUGUCCAGGGAAGCGCUGAACAGGAUCCUGCUGACCAGGGGCGGGCCUCCGCUCUACAGUCUCGCUGAAGUAGAAGCACAGAUAUACAGGGAUGCCAAGGAGUGCCUAAAUCUCCUGUCGAAGAGACUGGGAACAUCUCAGUUUUUCUUUGGAGAUAUGCCUACGACUUUGGAUGCCUUUGUGUUUGGUUUCCUUGCACCGAUUUAUAAAGUGUGCUUCCCCAGAGUACAGUUACAAGAGCAUUUGAAACAACUUCCCAAUCUGUGUCGAUUCUGUGAUGAUAUUUUAACUUGCUACUUCAGGUUAACUGUCUCAGGCCAUUCUCCGGCUGGACAGGAUACAGCAGAUGCUAAUCUGCGGAAACUCACACAGCUUGUAAAUAAGGAAUCCAACUUGAUUGAAAAGAUGGACGACAACCUUCGUAAGAGUCCCCAGCAUCCCCCUCGAAAGCUAACAACGCUCAAGCUUGCUGCAGGUGGAGAAGCAAGCAGUUCCUUGAAUCGUCUGUCACCUUGACAGCUUUUGUUGCCCAUACACGUGUUUGCCUUCAACUCUUCUGAGUGCCACAGCACAUUUUUUCACAUGAAUGUUGUUUUGCAAGGGAAGAAUCCACUAAGGGGUGCAAGUAAGGAAGAAAUACAAUCUCCUGUCUACCUGUUCUUUUAAGAAAUUGCAUAUUUCAGGCUGGCCACACACUAAGCUGAGGCUAAAGCAAACAAGAGGCUUAUUCCUGCAGAUGUUAAAGUGAUUUAAUACUUCAUAAUUUUGUCCUUAGCCUAGCAGAAAUGUUGACCAAAAGUUAAAAUUCCACUGACAGAAUGUUCGCUGUUAUUUUAUUUUGUGGCUUUUGAUUUUACUGUAAUCAUGUUACUAUAUGUGAGUGGGUAUACUCUGGCAUCUGUCUGAAAAUUAUGAAGUCCAGUUGCAAAAUCAGUGAAAAGGCUGGUAAAAAAAUCAAAUGUUACCCUUUGUGGUAGCUCAUAAAUGAAGAGCAAUGAGAGGAAGUUAAAUAUUUUUUUUAUUUAUUGUACUGUCAUGAACACUCUUGGGUCUUGUGUUUUAAGGGUGGUUGUAUGUUUGAAAAAUUGUCAUGAUGUACUUUGAGAGGGAUUGUUAAAAAGUAUGUGCACUAUGUGGAGUGCAAUGAUGUACACUACUAACAUUUCACAGGUACCUGGUAUUUAGCAUGUGUGAAACAGGCUUAGCCUAUGCACAGGGUAAUACCACACUCUGCAAAACUGUUAAGUCAAAAUCACAGAGCACUGGUAGUGGGAUGGAGAGGUUUGGUUGGCUCCUGUCAGGACAAGAGACUUGACUAGCAAACAUGCUGCAGUUCGGCAUUGAAAGAAACUGGUUAGGGUUUUAUAAGAAAGCUGAUGUAGGCUUUUAAAUCUGUCACGUAUACCUUCGAGUAAGUUUUGUCUUAUUUUCUUACAAGCACUACAGUUCGUCCAAAAACUAAAAUAAAAAAGUCUGAAUUUUUAUGGUUUGACUGUCUAGUUCAGAGUUCUUUUAUCUCUGAAAACUAUAAAACAUUGCAGCGCAUAUUUCUUCUGUUUAAUUGAAGAACGUAUUGUGUUUUGUCUUAGCAGCAGCCUCACCCGUUCUAGAGACCCAAGAAAUUUGUUACAAGGGAGAGGCUGUUAAUUCUUUGCUUGCAACAUAUCAACAGAUGUUCAUGAGUAGGUGUAAGGAGGCUUAGUCAAGGAGACUGGCCAAAAAGGCAGCACUUGGGAUGCAGAAUUCCAGUAGCUGUAUAUAUGGGGAUAACUAUUCGUGUUUUUUGUUUGUUUGUUUUCCUGGCCAAAUCAGAGUAGUCUUUCAGCUUAUCUUCAGCUACUAGUCACGUUUGAGAUAUACAGAUAAAUUAUUUCUUGUUUAUAAAGACAAGACUGUAGAUUGUGUACAUACUGUACUUGCAGACUUGGUAUGUAAGGAAUGUAAUAUCUUUAACAUUUCUUAAUUGUAAUUGAAAUGUUUCGUUUCUAAUGAGCACUUUAAAAUAAUGUUUAAGCUUUAUGCUCUUACUAGAGUAUCUGUUGCAGUGAUUUGAAAUUAAUCUAGCUCAUACUCAUGAUAAUUGUAUAAACCUACAGUCCGCUACAUGCAAAAGUAAGUCAAACAUUUAAAAUUUUUAUCGCCUGUAUCUUGGCAAGGUUUAAAUGAGAUCAAGUCACAUGGCUUUUCAAAGUCUUUAAUUUAUAAACGUGGCUAUGGGGAAUAUGCCUUAGUUGUUGCUUUUGUGAAUAUGUACACUCAAAUCUUUAAAAUACCUUUGUAAAAAAAAGUUGUUCCAAGAUUAAAAUUUUGGAUUUUUAGUGGA